AUGUCUAGUUCGGAAGAGAAGAAGAUACUUGACUUUGUACUUCAUCUUCCACCUGAUAUAAAUCCAUAUGGAGCGGUAGCUAAACACAUGAAGGGACUUUUGACACCGCCGCGUUUAGCUACUUGGGCGACCAUCGCACAACGUUGUGCCAUAGCUUUCUAUAUCAUUCUAUUUGUACAAUCAUCUCAUUUGAUUUACUCGCGCGUCAAAGUGGGAGCGUACAAGUUUUGGAGGUAUACGCGACGUGAGUGCUCUCAAUCGCUUUCUCAUCUCGGCGCUUCAUGUGACGGUCGCACACCGAUAACCUCUUUGUAUCAGUCGGAUUAUAUCAGGUCGACGUGGCGAGUGCCUGCGGGACAACCUAUGCCAUCUAUUGUUUCUUCUUUCUAUGGGUCUGUGCGUACGUCUGGCGCGGGAAGGAGACUUCACCCAGCCAUCCGGGUAUCUAUGAAUGCUUUACUGUUGGCGUUACACCUUUCUCCGAUCCCCUUGGUAAUUUAUUACUACGCUGGGCUCAAUCACGAGUACAAUAUCUCAAAAUCGAUACUACAAGGUGUUCUUCACGAACUUCAUGCCAAAGCGGCCACUGUCACUCCUGGGAAUUACAGCCCCAUGGCACUCUUAGCAACGCUCAAACCUGCACAAAAUAUACAGCUACAUGCUCACAAAAUGGCUGAAUAUACUCGAAAUGGAAUCAUGGUUUAUUUAGUGGAGUUGACCGUUCUCAGUGUCGUCUAUGUACCUUUACUUACCUUCUCACUAGGUCGUUUGUAUAGCCGAUCAGUCUCCCAAAAGAAGUUGACUCAGGCUGCGUCAAGUGGUGAAGCGGGUGACAAUAUCUCAAAGAUGGGUCGCAAGAUCCGUGAACAGCGUACAAGGCUAGUGACACAUGCUAUAAUCACUUAUGCAACCACAGCUUUGCACGUUCCUAUCAUCAUCGCGCAGCUAUCUUAUGAAGGUGACGGGUUUCUACGAGAUAAGAAAUGGCUGACACUCACUCGUGUGAUGCUUGAUUCGCGCGCGCGCAACCGCACCUCCUCAGGCGUGACCUCAAGCUUCAGCAACAGCAACAACGCCAAGGAAACUUUCAUGCCAAAGCUCAAUCCUGCCUACGGCGACAAAGAUAUGGAGCUGUCGAUCCUUCCGAGAUUUCCAGGCCUCAAUAGUGAAUUACACGUAGAGACCCUUGAUACACGUAAAUGUACAACUGGAACCUUCGCAGUCAGCUCUAAUCAACCAGGGGGGCCAAUGCAUAUAACAACACCCGGAAUGAAGUCGGACUCAAAGCCGGUUAUGAAGAAGCUCAAGAGUACGAUUGAUCAGCUGGACAACGAGGGUCAAAAUACAUAAACUUUUUUUUGACUGAUUUUUUUUCCUUCUUUGUAUACAACACUCUUUUUUUUGUUUUCAAUAACCAUGUUAAAUAGUCUAAAAUUCAUAGGCUAAAGAAUCAUGAUUGAUUAGCUGGACAACGAGGGUCAAAAUACAAAAACUUUUUUUAACUGAUUUUUUCCUUCUUUGUACAUAACACUCUUUUGUUUUGAAUAAGCAUGUUAGUUUAAACUUCACUUUGUCUUAUAUAUGUCUUUUUUCAACCA